UUUCCGCCAUUGCUCGUAAAAGAACGGAUAUCUCCGUUAUUGUUCAGAAAUUGUGGAUUCUUACAAAAUCUCCUCCAUGAAACAUGUGAUCAGAGCUGGUUGAGGACUAAUGCUUUAGUAAACAUAGACAAUUAAUCCACAAAAUGUCUCCCUGGUAUGUCUUUAUUGAGAAUGCGUUUACCAAUAUUUCCGUAAUUUUUCCGUAAUGUCAGAAGUCGACAUUUCCGAAGAGCUUCCGAAUGGAGACGACUCGGCCUUUACGGACGAUCAUCAACAAACCAACUCAGGUGGUGAUGCAAGCAGCACGGUAAAUGCCGAGAGUCCCUCGAUCAACCAUCAGCCUCUGCCCUCCCAACUGUAUGUGACGACAACCCAAGGCCUCGUGCCGGCGGAACAGAUCCAGGAAGAUAUAAAAACUACUCACAUUGUGAUCCACGAUCAGACAUUUGAUGGGGGACUCAAAACCCCCACCACCCCUCUACCCCCUCCCACCCCCGCCACUCCACUCAGCAGAGAAAAGGGGUUCAAGUACACAUGGGAUGACUCUGUGCAGGGCAAUAUUCUGCCAGUGAGAUGUAAAAACUCCAACGGAGAGCUCUACAAAAAUAAAUUCGGUUCAGGAGGAAGGGGUAGAUGUAUAAAGAGUGAUGGUGAAUGGUUCACUCCUAAUGAGUUUGAGGCCCGCAGCGGUCGUGCUAGCAGCAAGGACUGGAAGAGGAGCAUUCGUUACGGGGGUCGGACACUGCAGUGUCUAAUUGAGGAUGGCGUUCUGCAGCCUCAUGCAACCUCCUGCACAUGUGCUGCCUGCUGUGACGACGAAUCAGUCACUGGCCCUGUGCGAUUAUUUGUCCCGUACAAGAGGCGUAAGAAAGACAGCGAGAGUGGAGGCCCACCCUCCCCUCCUCUAUCUUCUCCACUACCAAUCAAAAAGCAGAGAAUCAACUCCGUCAAAUCCCCUGCUCCCACCCCCUCAGCUUCACAACAAAUCUCAAACGCUCCCUCACCAGUAUCCAUGGCAACCAUCGUACCAGCCUCCAACAUCGCCAAAGACACAGGAGCUGUUAUGGUAUCCAUUGGUGGACAGACCCACACAGCACAGCCAAUCAAAGUGACGACCUCGGAGGGCGAGACCAUGCAGAUGCAGAUCUUAACAACAAACGACAGUCUGGGGACAUACCUGACUACAGGAGAAGCUGUAGUGAUGGCUCCUAUUUCUGAGGUGAAGAGUGCAAACGGAGGACUGACAAAUGCUGCCAUUUUGUCAGUUCCUGACAUGUCAGAGCAAAGACAGUGGUGGCAGCUGGAAGAGUUGGCCAAUAACAUGCUGCUACAGGCCCAGCAGCUCAAGUCAAUGAUAGAGCAGGCCAAACAGCAGACACAGCUAUUCAGAGACGCAGCAGUCCAACAGGUCAAAGGUCAGAUGGAGAAAGAGAAACAGGAGGCAUUAAGUGCUCAGAAACUGGAACACCAGGUCACCCUUUCACGUGCAAUCAUGGCUGAGCGAGCCCAGCGUCAGGUAGCCAUUCAGCAAGCCGUGGCCAGCGCCAAGGCGGAAGUGAAGGAAAAUAUAGACGUUGCCGUGGUGUCAUGUGACUCCUGGACGUCAGAAAAUGGGCAGCCGGCAGCAAACAGUAUGGUAGAGACUCUAAUGGUGUCUGAGGCCGACUCAGAAAAGGAGAAGGAAUAUGUUGAUACUGCAAUGCCACGCCCAAACAAAGAUGAAUACAACCAGGCUAACGAUGAUACUAAAUGGAGCUACGCAACAGGAAGUUGCAACUUUAAUAAUGUUUCAGUUUUUAACAAAAAUAUGAUGCUUCAGCAUGUACGGAGAACGCUGGCGUUUUCUGUGUGGAUUUAUUUUCAUAUUGUGAACGGAACUCCAGAAUAUGAACUUGGGACACAAAACAGGCAAUAUCUCUGGAGAUCCUGCGAUCUGGUUGAAUUUACCUGUGAUAACGGUAACUGUAUUCCAUGGCUAAGUAAAUGUGACUUCAUAGAUGAUUGCGGCGACGGAUCUGAUGAAAAAGACGAAAAGUGUAACAGGUGUACUGAAUCUCAGUUUAAGUGUUAUUUUGAUGACAACUGUAUAAACAAAUCCAAGAUAUGUGAUGGAAGAAAGGACUGUUCUGAUUGGUCAGAUGAGAAACCAUCGCUCUGUGGUGGAGAUUGUUCGUACAAGCCAGACAUGUUUCAGUGUGAUAAUAAUAUUUGCAUCUAUAAGAAUCUCACAUGUAACGGAAAGAACAACUGUUUUGAUUGGUCGGAUGAAGUGGGAUGCCCAUGUGAUCAAUUUGACAAGUUCCAGUGCCUUAACAAGAAAUGUAUCGACGACAGACUGCUGUGUGACGGGAGCAACGACUGUGGAGAUUUUUCGGAUGAAAUACAUUUAAAAUGCCAUAAGAAAUGCUCGUAUUAUGAGAGAUCCUGUAACAAUGGCCUGUGUGUCAGUUUCCGCUCGCGCUGUGACGGAAAGAACGACUGCGGGGACUACUCAGACGAAUCAGACUGCGAAAUCUGUCGCUGGAACCAGUUUAGAUGUGAACGCAGCAGGAGUUGUAUUCCAUCGUCAUGGAGAUGCAAUGGCGCUUCAGAUUGUCCACAUGGUGAAGAUGAAGAAAAUUGCAGAAGUGCAAAUCCGAACAACUUCAGAUGCGGAAGUGGAGAAUUUGUCACGCAUGACUUACUCUGCGAUGGUUUCCAAGAUUGCAAGGACUCAUCCGACGAAGAGUCGUGUAAUUCGUCAAACAACGUCACUUCCGGGAAGUACGGCCCCGGGCUUUAUGAUUGUCACUGUGAAGGACCUUGUCAUCCCGGCACGGGGACGUGUCUCAGCGCCUGCGCACAUGGAUGGGCGGGGCCUACAUGCCAAAUUAGAGUAAUUCCAUUUCAAAUGCCUAUUCAAAACAGUGGACAUAAAGUCAUCCAAUCACCUUUAAGUAUUGAUGGUGACGUCAGAACAUGUUCUCCGCCUGCCACCGGAACCAUAAAUGCCUACUGGGAAGCGAACAUAACCGCGAACACGGAAAUACGACGUAUUCGCGUCUAUAACCCUAGAGAUGUGAGCUACCUGAUAGGUCUGGCAAAGGGGUUGACUGUCCCCUCCUGUAAGGUCAGUUACCCGGAUCUGGUCAGUGAGGGUCACUUUGACAUCAUCUGUGACCCCGGAACCAGACUCCGGAACCUCCUGCUGCUGUCCAUACCCAAGGAGGGUCAAUAUGCAAUAAUGCAGAUUUGUGAAGUUCAGAUUAUUGUGUGUUCUAACCACUCUUUCGGCGGACAGUGUGAGAAAACAUGCAAUUGUCGAGGACCGGAAGGAUGUGAUGACGUAAAUGGGGCAUGCGGAGAUGGAUGUUUAUCAGGCUGGCAAGGACAGCAUUGUUCAGAACUGAUUUAUAAAGAGCAACUAAAGCAAAGAACCAGAGGAGUUUCCAAAGACAAAGCUUAA